AUUUUUCGGUUUUAAUAAGUCUCUUUGAUUUUCGAGCGGAAGUUUUGUAAUAAAUAUAUCAGUGUUCUGGUCUCAUGUUGACAAGUCAUGAAUUACUGUCAAAAGUUAAUUUCAAUGUUGUCGUGUAUUCACCCAAGCGUGUCCAUGUAAUUUCCACGCGCUCGCCGUCAUGGGCUUCUGGCGAAACUUCAUUUAUUUCAAGGUUUUUGGCGUGAAACCCCGAACAAUUUGAACUCUCAGGAUUUCUGCAGCUCGACAGAAACGCCAUCUUCCUCGGGAUCUAGAGCUUCAUGCGUUAACAACUGAACAAGCGAGUGGAAGGAAUUUUUAAUAUUGAAUGCACGCCACAAUCUAUCCGGCGCCUGUUGAAAACGAAAUGACUUUAACUUCUCGUUAAGACCAACAAGACCACUUCUACAACUUCCUAUUUACGCAAGGGCUUGACGUCAAGGCGAAGGUAGCCAGCACGUUUUCUGAUCUACUCGAGUAGAAGGCAUAUUUUACCGCUGGAAAAUGGUUCUCGCAUUUCGUCGCCGGAGUGGUUUUCUCACCGUCUUUAUUCUUGCCGGAAUUUCUGCGAUUGAAUCUCAACAAUCUGGAGUUGCGCCUGAUUUGAGGCAAUCGUCUCCUCCAAGGGUCGUGAAACCAGUAGGACAAGAGGAAGUGAAACUGACGUGCUAUGUGAAAUACGCUCAAAACUACACUUGGUAUAAGAAUUAUAAAAAGAUUCAUCAGCCGGCUGAUCGAUAUGUUGUGAAAACUCCGCGGUAUUUGCGAAUAACGGACGUUCUUAAAUCGGACAGUGGAACGUUUGUUUGCAUUGCUGCCAACAAAUAUGGAACAGUAAAUUGCACAAUAAGGUUGAUUGUGGAAGAUCCAACGGUUUCGCCUACAAAUGUCUCAGGAGCUGUGAAGCCCCACUUUCUGUAUCCAGACAAAAUGGCGGAGGCAAAAUCAGAAUAUACGGAGGGAGAAAAAUUCCAACUACUAUGUGACGCCAAAGGAACACCAACUCCGACGGUCACGUGGUACAGGGGUAAAGAAAUAUAUCGUGGUCACAGAUCUGACGAAACGAUAACACCAGGGCAUUAUCACUAUAAUAUACAUUUUAACGGGGUGGAUGUCGCAGACGGAGGAAAUUACACGUGCGUUGUGAAAAACUCAUUUGGUACUUUGACUCAUUCGUACAUCUUUGACGUGAAGGAGAAAAUUCGAAGUGCUCCUCAGAUCUUAUCUAUUUGGGAACAGAAAAAACCUGAAUAUGCUGGAACCGAUUUGCAGAUGCACGCCAUUGUCCUUUCCAAGGAUGAGAAUACGAAAUUCUUUUGGUAUUUCAGCAAAAGCUUUUUUCCAGAUGAAAACAAUCUAGGCACUUUAAUUAACCAAACUUUGUCUGAAAGUCGUCUGGAGACACAGCCUAGUAGCGGUGUAUCGUGGCUUAAAUGGAAGGUAGUCCUGAAUUUGAAAAAUCUUUCUGUGGCUGAUUCGGGUUCAUAUUGGUGCCUGGCUGAAAAUAUCGUUGGAACUGUUAAACGUCAGACCCCGCUUAAUGUGACUACAAGGCCCAUUACACCAUCUCCUUCAGGUACACCGUCAGUCACAACUCGACCAGAUACAGAAAGCGCUGCUCCAGUAAGUGAUGUAUCAGGUCCCCCUCCGAUUUUAAGUCCAUUGGAGAUUACUCUUUUCGGUGUCGGCGCUUUUAUCUUCAUACUGUUAUUGAUCAUCUGUGCAGUUAUCUAUUGUGUGCGCUUGAGAAAGCGUAAGAAGAGUCGCAACUUAGAUGUAAAAUACGACGUCGUAACAGAAGGUGCUGUCAUCGAAUCACAACGCUUCGCUCCAAGAACAGCGUCUGUUUCUUCUACAGCCUCAGCGCUUUCCUUAAUGCGUCAAAGGAGCUUUCGCAGUCGCCUGGAAUCGAGGUUAACACAGGUGUCGGACAUCGAAGUGCCAUAUGAAGAAGCUUGGGAGAUUGACAGAUUUUCGUUGGUUCUCUCUGACAUACUCGGUGAAGGAGCAUUUGGACGAGUUAUCAGAGCAGAUGCUCUUGGCCUAGGUUGUACUGUAGCUGUGAAAAUGCUUAAAGAGGAUGCGACGGAUCAGGAAUUGAUGGACUUGGUGUCGGAAAUGAAAGUGAUGAAGACAAUAGGAAAACAUAAAAAUAUCAUCAACUUAUUGGGAGUGUGUACACAGGAAGGUCCCUUAUUUGUUGUGGUAGAAUUCGCGGCUCAUGGCAACCUUCGGCAGUUCCUUCAAGAGAGGAGACCUGGGUUGGAGUACCAUAAUGAGGCUGAUAGCCUCUCUCCAGAGCAACUUACUCUUCAAGAUCUUAUGUCUUAUUGCUAUCAAGUAGCAAAAGGAAUGGAAUUUCUGUCAUCCAGAAAGUGCAUUCACAGAGAUUUGGCAGCAAGAAAUAUUUUGGUGGCCCAAGACUACGUCAUAAAAAUUGCUGAUUUUGGUCUAGCGAGGAACGUGCGAGACGAUGAUUAUUAUCGGAAAACAACAGACGGAAGACUUCCAGUCAAGUGGAUGGCGCUUGAGGCAUUGAUCGAUAGAGUUUAUACCACGAAAAGUGAUGUAUGGUCGUUUGGAGUGCUAGUAUGGGAAAUUGCUACUUUUGGGGGCUCUCCAUAUCCUGGUAUUCCCGUGGAAAAUCUUUAUGGACUGCUCAAGUCAGGUUACAGGAUGAAACGUCCCAUCAAUUGCGACAGGGAACUGUAUCAGCUUAUGCUAAAUUGUUGGAAUGAAUUUGCUGAUAAAAGACCGACGUUUCCGGAACUUGUCCACGAAUUCGAUCAGAUGAUAUCGAUGCUGUCAGACAAGGAAUAUCUUGACCUUCAACCGCCACUUGUGAGUCCAUUGACUCCCAAAACCCCUUCGUCUUCCGAAGAAGACAACGUUUUCGGAAGUUCAGAGCACGUGUCUAAAAGUAGCAACAGUUUGAAUUGUGAUGACGGGGAAGGAUACCAAGAUGACGUUCACGAUGAAGAACACACGCCUGACAGUGAUGGAUACGCAGAUAUACGUCAUAACCUUGACAGUGAACCCUUUUUAGCCACCGGUGGAAGCAAAACCUCAUUGGCGUCUCACUCAUCGUCUCUUUUUGCAAAAAGGAAACUAGACCAGCUUAAUGGUAGCAUUGUAUCGCUUUCCUCUCAGCUGAGCAAACAAUUUCGUGGCACAGGAGAAAACGAGGAUGAUAGCAAAGAGGAAAAUAUUGGGCUUUUGGACGAAGACUUGGAUCAAGCAAGUGACGAUGCCUUCGAGGUGAAUGAUUCGAAAGCCGCACGUGAAGAAUCCAGUGACAAGUGCGCGUCAGAAAAACUGGGAAAUAGUGUUACCAUGGAAACUGAUGCGCCGUCAAGACAGGUAGAUCCCUCUGUCUUAAUUCACAGAAGACAACAAGAAAAAAAGACUCCUCAAAGGAGGCCUUCUCAGCAGACUGAGGUCUAAACAAGAACAUUUUAUGCGGUUGGUUCAAGUUUUGACCCAUUCCUUGUCCUUUAUUUGUGACUGGGCUCGUCCAUAAAAUGAACCAUCUUACGUGAAUCGAAAGGGUUGCUUCCGGUCCUUGAAUGCGUUCAUGUGGGUACAGUCGUCUUUCGCUGCCAUCGUCGAGGCGUCGAUGUCAAGAUUAUAGGCUUCUUUUAGUUGUGUCACGUCGUUUAGCAAGAUGGUGUUACACUGCGUUACCAGUGAUGUUACUAGCGACUGAGAUAUCAAUGUAGUAUCAAAAGUAUCUUUCGUAUUAGCGUUUGACGUUUAACGUCGGUUAUUUAUGGAAUAACUUAAAAGUUUCUCUAUAAGUCAAAGCAAUCAAUACGCAAUCCUUCGCCUUAUUGGUUCCUGACCCAAAUUGUUCCAUGUCAUAAUUUCUUAUGCAAAUUCCUGACCAGACUCAACGAUACCAUUUCUUGGGAGACAAAAAAUCAGGGUCUAAACUACUCAGUGGGUGGGUAGUGGGAUUCUGGAGAAGUUACGAGCUCGCACAAGCGAUUAUUUUGUGACAAAGUUAACAGCAUGUUAACUACCAAAAAAGAGAAAGAGCUCGCCUUUUUAUCGUUGUUGCCCAAGAGUGUUCGUGAUUUCGAUUUAGAAACCUUUCACCAAACUUUCACAGGAUCAUUGUUUUGGAUGAAAAGUUAAGCUCUGUUGUUUAUUUUUCCAACCGUUGGAAAUAUUUUAGAUAACACUGGUAAAACUCUCUCUACAAUAUUUAGUGGGAAAUGGAUUUUUAUAUUCAAUGUGAGCAAGUGAAUUAGAGUAUACUCGUCUUGCUCGACGAUUAAAACAAUGUUGAACUAAACCAAAAACUGGGAAAUGUUUGAGGGAAGCAAGUAAAUUCCAUUGUUUUGUUUAAAAACAGGAAAAUUUGAAGUAGAAGAUAAAAGUGGAAAAUUAUAUUUGAAAUGAAUACUUUACUAAGCGUAAUCUGCUUUUUUUUUUGUUUCUUUUCAAAAGAUAUUUUAAAUUUUUUUUGAAAUUUUUCGGAAUUUAAUUGUAAAAAGUCUCAUUUCAUUCGUGCACUAGACAAUAAUGUACAAGUAGAAUGUUUGUGAACAGAGAAAAACUUCUGUAGAUAUGUUCUUGUUGCCCUGCAUGUAUGCUUCUUCGGUGAAAUAUUAAUUUUGUAAGUAAUGAAAAAAAAAAGCGAUCAUCGGGAAUCGAUAAAAAUGAAGAAGUAAGAUCCUAUUUGAGAAUAAAAGUUACUGUUCUUUAAAAAGGUUCGUAGAUUUCUUCAACUGCACUGUGAAGACCAAGGACUUAAUUCAUUCUUAGUUAGUGAAGAUUCGUGUUGAGUAACGUUUCCACAAAGAAUUAAUCGGGUGUUGAAAGGUUUGAAAUCCAAAUCCUGAACCCAUACACAGCAAGUUUAUCCUGAAAAAGAAGUCGAACUUGCCACAGUGGUGUGCGCUCUUUUUUAUGCAGCUGAUUGCCCAUGGCGGGCGAUUUAUAUUUGGAAAUAAACUACGGCAAUUAAGAUCGGCUCGAUUAAACUAACGAAUAGAUCCAAUCGGAAAUAAAUCGUGUUAACGUUA